AUGAACAUGGAGAGGAACCGUGUGCUGCCGGACACGCCCUACCCCCAGCCCGGCCUCCAGCCUGUGGCAUCUCAGCAGACUGCGCCUGGUACACCCAAAGCCAUUUUCCUGCUGAAGCUGGUUGUGAGCGUGGUCUUGAAUGUGCUGAGCCCUCUAAUGCUGAACGUUGACGCCACUGGUGCAGCUGCUGCGGAAGCCAACGCGCUCAAUCCAGCCCUCACAGAGGAAACUGAAAUACAACUGAUAUCAGAAGUGUCCAGGAGCCUGGCCCAGCUGUGCCCGACUGCCCAGCCCGCCAGAAGCCCUGGCCCAGCUGUGGCCCCACUGCCCAGCCCGCCAGAAGCCCUGGCCCAGCUGUGCCCGACUGCCCAGCCUGCCAGAAGCCCUGGCCCAGCUGUGCCCCGACUGCCCAGCCCUCCAGAAGCCCUGGCCCAGCUGUGCCCUACUGUCCAGACCACCAGAAGCCCUGGCCCAGCUGCGCCCCCACUGCCCAGCCCACCAGAAGCCCUGGUCCAGCUGAUCCCCGACUGCCCAGCCCGCCAGAAGCCCUGGCCCAGAUGUGCCCGACUUCCCAGCCCACCAAAAACCCUGGCCCAGCUGCGCCCCCACUGCCCAGCCCACCAGAAGCCCUGGCCCAGCUGUGCCCCCACUGCCCAGCCCACCAGAAGCCCUGGCCUAGCUGCACCCCCACUGCCCAGCCCGCCAGAAGCCCUGGCCCAGCUGCGCCCUGACUGCCCAGCCCGCCAGAAGCCCUGGUCCAGAUGUGCCCGACUUCCCAGCCCACCAGAAACCCUGGCCCAGCUGCGCCCCCACUGCCCAGCCCGCCAAAGCCCUGGCCCAGCUGUGCCCGACUGCCCAGCCUGCCAGAAGCCCUGGCCCAGCUGUGCCCGACUGCCCAGCCCGCCAGAAGCCCGGCUGAUGAAGGGUAUGGCUGCGGCCCUUCAGGUGUCCCCCAGCCAGAAGGGCCCCUGUGGAGGGAGCCCACCAGGGACCUCAGACAACCACAGGGAGCCAGGUGAAGGGAGCAGCCCAGGGAGCCCUUCCGGAAGCCCCAGUCAGACAGACGCGGGGCCACCCCUGCCUGUCACUUCAGUGGAGGGGGCCAGAGAGGGCUGUGCAAAUGUCCAGGACGUGUGUUCCAAGACCGUGCACACCUGA